AUUAAGUCAUAAUUUGAGAUUUUAAAAUUCCUCAAAAAGUGAACUCCUUCCAUUUAAAUGGCUGGAGACGUGAAGAGGAAGGACAAUGCCUGAGGAGACCCCAGGACCACACUUCCUUCCUGCUCUAGCAGUCUCGGGGCUUGGGCUGCUUCUCUCUGUCUACUUUCUCAUUCUGUGUGUGUGUGGUAAAAACAAAGAAAAGAAGGAAGAAAAGAAAGAAGAGACAGCACGGCUGAGGAAUGGGACAGAUUCACAGGUGAAUAGCAUUGCAAUAAAUGUUGAUGACAGUGUUACAGUCUUACAAAGUCCAACAGCUAAUGGACACAACAGAUAUAGUGGAGGAAGUCCUAAAGGUGGCUCCUCCCCUCACCCACCAGGGACCAAUCACAGAGAGCUGCCUCAACCUCCGACCUCCAGCAGGAACACCAUUGGAGGAAGGGCCAAUCCAUUCCAAGGUGAUAUCAGAAACAAGAGAAACACAAUAGGGGAGGCGGGGCUGACAGAGGACCAGGACGAUUAUGACCACCUGAUGCGACAAGGAUUCCAGAAAAACAACUUGAGGAGGUCUAAUUAUGAUCAUAUACAGCUUGGAGAGGAUGGUCAGUUCCAUGUUCAGGCGAGGAAGACUGAUGCUCCUGCAACAGAGGAAAUGCCCGAAAAUGACUACGCUGAAGUAGAGAGGGAGAAUAUUUAUGAAGGUGUAAAAGACAAGCAGCCAGAAACAGAACCUAAGGUGCAGGCGCCAGCUUCUUCAAUGGUAAAGAAACCGUAUGAUCCAUAUUCCAGUGUGAAUGAUGAUGAGGAUGAUUCAGGUGAUAUAGAACCUGAGAAGAAACCAUAUGAUCCAUAUUCAAAGUUGAAAGGUGACUCUAAUUCUGGAUCUUUUAAAAAGAAAAAUGAGACUGAGGAAAAUGUCAGUGCUAAUUCACAAGUUAAAAAGAAAGAGUAUGAUCCAUACUCUAGUGUGAAGGACGGGGACUCCAAUUCAGGAUCUUUUACUACAAAACCUUAUGAUCCAUAUGCCCGUGUGAAAGAUGAUAAGGAUGAAUCUAGUGGAGGGACUUUCAAGGACAUUGAUCCUUAUUCUACUGUCAAAGAAGAAAGGACACCAAGGGGAAAGGGCAAAGACGACCCCUAUACUAAGGUCAAGGACAUGGCAAGAAAUGACUUACCUGUGGAUGAAAUUGAAGACCCCUAUAAUAAGGUUGUGGAUGACCCUUAUAAUAAAGUGAAAGGUGAUGACCCUUACAAUAAGGUGAAAGGUGAUGACCCCUACAAUAAGGUGAAAGGUGAUGACCCUUAUAACAAGAUGAAGGAGGAUGAUCCUUACAACACUGUCAAAGGUGAUGAUCCGUACAACAAAGUGAAGGAUGAAGAGCCAGAGGAUCCGUAUAACAGUGUUGAUGAAGAUGAAGGAUCCCCUGAAGGGGCAGAAGGUCAGACUCACGACCGACCUACAUCUUAUCAGUAUUCCACCGUCAACAAAGUGAACCAAGAACUGAAGGGAGGGGGCUUUAGUGUGGUGGGGGAGUACGCACAGGUUAUAAAGAACAAGGACUCUGAAGUGAAUGCUAACCGGCCCCUCCCCACCCCGGCAGCUAAUGUUAUCCAGAGGGAGACGGACCCUUAUCAGUUGCCACCAGAACCACCCAGGCGGUACCAGGAGGAUUACAGUGAAGAAGGGAGUCAGUCGGGGGUGUCUCAUUCUACAAAUGGUCACACUACUGUAACGUCAGGUGGGGCCAUGGGGGGCAAUGGAGCAACUGCUGGUACGGGGGCUCCAGCAGCAGCAACAAGCAACACAGGCAGCACAGCAACAGAACCUACAAAGCAUAAGGAGCCCCCCUACCACAAACUGACUGCCCGGGAGUCCAUGGCCAGCAUCAAUGCCAGGCGGGCCCUCAACACGUAUGAAGAGGUUCCUGAUAAGGAGAAUAUGUAUGCUACGGUGGAGGGAGGAUCUGGUGAUGGCGUAGUGACUUCCAGGGGUGCAGCACAGAACAGCCUACGACCAAUCAGACAGGAGCUGUAUGAGGAAAUUCCAAAUGGGGAUCAGCUUCCAGCUCCCGCCCCUCCCUCCCUGGACACACUUCACCUGAUGACGGAGGGGAAAUCUAGACUGUCCGGUGACCCAGAAGGCAGUAACCGGUCAUCUUAUUCUGAGAGCCAGAAAUCCCCAGGGGGUACCACCAGCCCUCGGUAUUCCACAGGAUCAACAGAGGCCGCGGCCGUGGGAAUGAUAAAUCCAGCAUUUGAUGGUGACCCAGAUUCCAUGGGGAUUUCACUGGACCCCAAUUACACAACAGUGAGGGACUGCAUUCCUGACAGACAAGUGGAGGGGGACCCUAAUUACGAGAGCGUGGAGGAGGUCAAAUCUAAAGUACAGGAAGUGGAGGAGGAGAAACAACGGCAGGCCAUGAGGGAACGUAAGAAACGUCUACACGUGUACGAGGAGGUCGGGGAAGGGGAGACAAACCCUGUCAAGGAGCGAGUGCUGAGGGGACACAUGUACGAGGACUUAGACGGGGUCAAGACACAGAAACAAGAGCUCAAUAAGAAUGAGGAGGAUAGAAAAGAUUCCGACGUGUGGAAGAGAAGAUCUGACGUUUUCAGUGAAAAAUUAUAACUGCCAUGCUCUGAAUCUUAACUGCCUUCUUAAUGUCAAUGAAAAUGUAUUUUGUAAAAGUUUUGUUCAGUUGUGAUAUCUUUCGUAAUGUCUUUUUACUGUUUUACAAUUUUUAUAUUUUAGUUUUAUAGUUAAAUGUACAGUAUAUAUUAUUUCUGCAUCAUAAUAUAUAACAGCUGGUAUCCAACUCCAUUAAAUCACCAAGAAUAUUGUUUGAUUGAAUAUCACUUGAUAUGUUCUUGAUUUUUUUAAGCUUUCUGGAACUUAUACCUUUUCUUGUUUUAAUCUUGAAAAUAAUUGAUUUUUUUCGUUUAUACAUGCAAUAUAGCAUCAUGCAUUGCUAACAAAACCAGAAAAAAGCAAUAUCUUUAGAGUCAAUUAAACUAAUGUUAAUUAUGUAUUAAAAUUACAAUACUUCGGAAAUAUGAAAUGUUGCGCCUAUGACUGUAUGAAAUUAAAAGUGCUGCACAAAGUCAUGCACAGUCGAAUUAGACUUGGUCAUGUUCAAAGAAAAAUUAAAAGUUCAAUUGUAACAUCUCAACAAAUUGCAAAAUUAGUUAUAUCAUGAUUUUACCACAAAAUACCAUUUUAAUUUUUUUGAUUUAUGUCUUUGACUAUGAUUUUUCAAAAAUAAUUUAUAAAUUGAGCUCAUGUUCAUAUGAUUUUUUAUUUUAUAUGUUAGAGACAUACAUUUUGUUAUGCAUAAAAUACAAAUAGACCAAAGAUUUUUGUGUAACUCAUUUUGAAAACACUUGCACACACAUAUACAUGUAUAUCAUUUUUAUGUUUUCAUUAAUUUGUUAAAAGUUCUUGUUAUUUUCAUGUUUUGAGACAGAAAUGAAAGUGAAUGAGAGAAAAAUCACGAUUUUAGAAAAAAGCUUGUCAAAUGUAAGAUAUCAUAUGAUGGAUAAAUGUUCUUUAUCUUGCUGAAAUCCAAGUGCAAAUGAACUGAUUGAAUUAUUUUUAGACAGAAAGACUGUAUUUAUUCAAUGCUACAAAUAACUGACUGAUUGAAUAAGUAUAGAGUCAUACCUAUGUAUUCCAGUAUUUGCACUUUCAAAUUUGUUAUUUCUUGACCAGUGAUUUAGUUGCUAAGAAAAAUCAUACAAAUAAGUAAGUAAGUAUUAUACGUAAAUAUAAUUAGUAAAUCUUAAGAAAAUAUGUUUCACAUAUCAGAAAUUAUAUUUUAUCCUGUUAAUUAUUUAUUAUUCAGACAGGUUUUAAUUAAAGAAGUACAUCAUCUUACUGUUGGCAUAUAUUAUAUACAAUGUAUAUAAUGUAUUAUCCAAAUUCAUGCAUUUUGACUGAUAAACUUGUAUGCUUUGAACAUCCUCUUCAAUUAUUUACCUUGUAAUUUCCACGUAGACUGCAGGGGUCUACAUGGAGUGAUUAAGUUGUUUUUUUUUUUUUUUUUUUAAGAUCAAACAAUGUAUUUUAGGUUUGGUAAAAUUUUUAUAAGUCCAGGGUAUGUAAAUUUGAAAGUAUGUAAUUUUUUCUCAAAUUUACAACAUGUAGUAAAAAAUUAGCACCAGAAAUGCCCUUCUGAAACAUCAGCUUUUUAAAUUUAAUUAAAAGACUUAUUUAUUCAGAACUAUUACCACAUGAUAGACUUAUGUGUUGUGAAGUACAGUGUAAAAAACAUUGAAAUAAAAUUCAAAAUGAAA